AUGGCAUCCGAUAACAGCGACCAGACCCUUGCGUCGCUGGCUGUUGGCUUCACACUUGGCUUCGGUCUGCUGACAGUAUGGGAGGCUGUUAAGCAGACAAGGCGGAGCAAGAACCCCCGACGGAGCUCCUAUGUUUACAUGAUCUGGGUCGAGAUCGUUGCCAACAUCGCGAUUCUGAUUCUGGCAAACUUGGUGUUCCACGGGGUUCUAACCCCUAGCGUUCCUGUCUUGUUCUUCCUCCUGUUUUUCUGGGUUUUCGAGGUCCAGAUUCUUAUGCAAGUUAUUAUCAACCGGAUAGCCAUUAUCUGUGAGACUCAGGAUAUUGUACGGAGACUGAAAUGGGGAACGGCUAUUGUGAUGACGACUAUCAAUAUUGCUGUAUUUUGUAUAUUCAUUCCAGCGCAUCGAGUCCCUCCGGUGAGCACUACGUACGUCGAGAUCAAUAGGUACUGGGACAGAAUAUCAAAAGUCUUAAUCUGCCUCAUCGACGCCGGUCUCAACUAUUACUUCCUGAGGAUCGUGAAGCAACGCCUUGUCGAUCAAUAUGGUCUCAUGAAAUAUUCUCCUCUGGUCUCGUUCAAUGCCAGGUUGAUGUUCAUUUCCGUUCUCCUGGAUGUCCUAUUGAUAGGUCUGAUGAGUCUUCCUAAUCAAAUUGUCUUCAUGCUCUUCCACCCACUCGUGUACACGGCUAAGUUAAAUAUCGAAAUGACAAUGGCCAGCUUAAUCGUCAAAUUGGCACGCAGCGGACGGGCCGACGCCUACUUCCACAACUCGCACUCGCACAGCACUCCUCAUCCUCGCAGUUCCCAACUACCGGGGGGCCGCAACCCCAACGAGCGAGAGGUCGCCCUCAAGACCUUCACUGAAUCGCGAGUCCGCGCCUCAUUUUCGAACGGAAGCGACGAAGCUCAGGCACCCUUCCCAAAUGGGGGCAUUCAGAGGACAAGAGAGUUUCAAAUCACAGUGCACCACAGUAAUUCAGGCAGCAUGGAUGAGUCUAAGGAAUAUACGAACGCAGACGACGAGGCAUGGUUGACGAAGCAUCCGGGCCAUCCGAGAGACGGAACCAGCGACAAGUCGACGAAGACUAGGGAUUCAUGA